AUGGGGAUUCCGGCAAACAAAAAGACGGUUUUGAUCACCGGCUGCACCCCAGGAGGAAUUGGUCACGCCUUGGCCAGGGAGUUUCACGCCAAAGGGCUUCAUGUAAUCGCAACGGCCCGCCGACCCGAAGUUCUCAAGGACUUGAGCGACUUGGGCUUGACGACUCUGCCGCUUGAUGUGACCAACGCUGAGAGCAUCGCUACCUGCAAGAAGGAUGUUGCGGAGCUGACCGGAGGUCGGCUUGACUUCCUUGUCAACAACGCGUAA